AAUCUGUUCUUUUGUGUCCGUUCUCACGGCAACCGACAUUGCUGCCGGAGGAAAAACAAAGCAGAGUUUGUAAGCAGUUAUUUAUUCACGUAUCUAUCCAGAACGCUUAGCUCCAUUUUGUUUUGCGUGAGUGAGGCCUGGUUAAAUCCGCCUUUGGUCACUACUUUCAUUUCUAUUCUAGACUUUUCUUACUCGUCCGGCAUUUUACACAUAAUUUUAGACGGUGUUAACCCGAAAGCAAGCCCAAUAUACAGGUGAACAUGUCUAAGCGGCUCAGUAACAAGAAGUGCGAUGUAACGAAGCUGUUUGAUACACUUUGGAAAGAAGCGAAGCAGCACCGCGUCGCCAUACUGAUCCAGAACCAGCCGGAUAAGGAUAAGUUAGCAGAGCUCAUUAAGCGCAAGACCGAUGACUUUCUGCGCACGUUCCCGUUUCGCGACCGGCUUAAGCUGCAACCCGACACAAAGGACAAUGCGAAAGCGCUUGCGGCCCGCAAACGUGGCAAUGAACUGUUCGUUCCAAUGCAAGGAAAGUACUUGGAGUCGCUCCAGCACUACAACGAGAGCAUCGCGUACUCGGAGCCAGGUUCCGAAGCAAGAGCGCUUGCGUACGGCAACCGGUCGGUGGUCUGUCUGAAGUUAGGCCUGUCCCAAGAGUGCUUGGAAAACAUACGCCUAGCGCGGGCCUCGAACUAUCCGGCACGUUUGAUGAACAAGCUGAACAAGCGCGAACAGGACGUGAAGCGAUGCAUCGAAAAUGAUGCCCAAAUCAUUCCGCGCAGAGUGACGCACACGCCUGGAAAGUAUUGGGCACGUGAAACGGGCUGUCCUGUACUGCAAUUGAGCUAUGAGGCACACGCAAACAUCCCUCACCUGGCGAAAUGUGUUGAGUUGCGCCAGAACAGCCAAUACGGUCGUCAUUUGGUAACGACGCAGCAUCUAAAGGCAGGGGACGUGUUUUUGAUUGAGAAGCCGUACGCAAACUUGCUAUGUGACACAGAACGGUAUAAACGUUGCGCUUUUUGUCAGAAUGAGGACACGUUUACGCUGAUUCCUUGCGAGGGAUGCACCGUGGCGAUGUACUGCUCGAAGGAAUGUAUGGACAAAGCGCACAAGCAGUAUCAUCGGUACGAGUGUGGCGUGCUGCGUGACUGUUGGCGCAUUGUUGGCCACUUGUUUGGGGGCAUGGUGGGAUUGCGUACGGUUGCCACGGCCAUCGCAUCCUUCGACCAGGAUCUCGAGGGUUGGAUCGAUCACCUGAACACGCUGGACGAAGCGAAUGUGAAUGCAUUCACGGUGGACUGGAACGAGGUUACAGACAGCGAUAUGUACGACACGGUACACGUGCUCGCCACGAACCAGAAACGUCGAGGUCGCAAAGAUCUGUCGAAACUCAUAUUUUUCACCUCCAUCGUCCACCUACUACUGCUGGAACGCACCGAGCUCGGACCGUUGUGUGAGUCAAACCCGGCAAGAAGCAAGCUUCUGUUCGAUCUGCUGCUACGCCACGUGCAAACGUCCCUGAUCAACAAGAAGGGUGUGUAUCACAUGACACGCUCGAAGGACGAUGAGGAGGAUGACGAGUAUGAGGAUAAUUAUUUUGGGUACGAUAGGGACGAUGAGGAGGAACAGGAAUACACGGACUACGGGGAGGAAACGCAUGCAAUUGCCGUUUACCCCUUGUUUAGCAUGGUGAACCAUAGCUGCAUACCGAACGUGGCCCCGAUCCAUCUGCUCGAUGGCCGGUGUGCCUUUGUAGCCAACCGACCGAUCGCUGCCGGAGAGCAGCUGUUCGACGUCUAUGACUUCCUCACAAUGGAGUUCGACCCCUCGUUCCGAAGAUAUUGUCUGAAGCAAUCGUACUUUUUCAACUGUCGCUGCCCGGCAUGCCAAUCUGGUUGGCCCAUGCCUUUCCGUAAUAAGAGCCUAGCGGAAGAACAUUUUCUCCUACUGCUGCGUGAGAUGGAUAACGUGGUGCAGGGACUGCCGCGGCUGGUAGAGUACAUGAACCAGGCCGGGCGGCACUAUCCGAAGCAUCAGAUCACGGCCGCGGAGGUGAUACUGUCGCAUACCCUGCGCAUGAUUCACAGCUACUCGCCGGUGGAUGAUAUGCUCAACGAGAUGGAGGGUAUUGCUGAGAUUGGUUUGGAAGCUAUUUUUAAGCGAAUUUUGAUAAGGAACUUCAGAUAUCGUAUCACACUCCCACUCGGCUCCAUUUUGUUUUUGCAACCCAAGAGCCAGGACGUGAACAUGUCUCUCAUGCUGGGCGACAGCAAUUUCGAUUUGGUACAGUACUUUCUUCGACUGUGGGAUAUGUUGUUCGAACACCGAAUCAGCGAAGCUACCCAAGCCCGGCCAGAGAUGGCAGAAGCGAUUAUUAGGCGCGAAAUUGAAGACUAUCUGCGCACGUCCCUGUUGCGCGAAAGGCUGCAUCUGCAACCCGACACAAAGGACAAUGCGAAAGCGCUUGCGGCCCGCAAUCGUGGCAAUGAACUGUUCGUUCCGAAGCUAGGAAAGGACUUGGAGGCGCUCCAGCACUACAACGAGAGCAUCGCGUACUCGGAGCCAGGUUCCGAAGCACGAGCGCUUGCGUACGGUGACCGUUCGGUGGUCUGUCUAAAGUUUAACCUGUUUAAAGAGUGUUUGGAAAACAUACGCCUAGCGCGGGCCUCGAACUACCCGGCACGAUUGGCGGAUCAGCUGAGCGAGCGGGAACAGUACGCUAAGAAGUGCCUAAACUUGCUCCCUCCUAUCUUUCCGGAUCCGGCAAGACGCACGCCUGGAAAAUAUCGCCCACGUGGCACGGGCCGUCCGGCACUGCAGUUGAGCUACGAGGCGCACCGGAACAUCCCUCACCUGGUGAAAUGUGUGGAGCUGCGCCAGAACAGUGAAUUCGGUCGUCAUCUUGUGACGACGCAGCAUUUAAAGGCAGGCGAUGUUUUAAUGAUCGAGAAACCGUACGCGUCCCUACUCUGCGAAAGAGACCAGUACAAGCGUUGCGCUUUCUGCCACAACGAGGACACGUUUACGCUAAUUCCCUGCGAGGGAUGCACCAUGGCGAUGUACUGCUCGGAAGAAUGUCGUGACAAAGCGCACAAGCAGUACCAUCGAUACGAAUGUGCUGUGCUGCGUGACUGUUGGCGCAGUGUUGGCUUCCCGGUUGAGAUGUUGUUGGGAUUGCGUACGGUUGCCACGGCUUUUGCGUCCUUCGACCAGUCUCUAGGGCAAUGGAUCUAUCGUAUGGAAACACUGGACGAAACAAAGGUGAAUGCAUUCACGGUGGACUGGAACAAAGCAACGGACCGCGAUAUCUACGACACGGUGCACGUGCUCGCCACGAACCAGAACCGGCGCGAUCACAAACAGCUAGCGUCGCUCAUAUUUUUCGCCUACAUCGUGCAGGGGUUGCUGCUGGACCGCACCGAGCUCAGACCGCUUUGCUGGUCGUGCCCGUCAAGACGCAAGCUCCUGUUCGAACUGCUGCUACGGCACACGCAAACGGCGCUGACCAAUAAGAAUGAUGUUUACCACAUGGAACGCGUGAAGCUUGAAGAUGACCAUGUGGAGGACGACGAGAGCGAGGAAGAUUCUUCUGUCGAUAACAACAAUAGUGACGAUCGGAAGAGUCCGAGGAACGUGCACCACGAGGAGCGAACGCAUGCGAUUGCCAUUUACCCCCUGUUUAGCAUGGUGAACCAUAGCUGCAUACCGAACGUGGCCCCGAUCCAUCUGCUCGAUGGCCGCUUGGCUAUGGUAGCAACCCGACCGAUCGCUGCCGGCGAGCAGCUGUACAAUAUCAACGGCUUCUCGACGUUCGAUCCCGACGAUUCGGCCAGAAGACAUGCACUGCAGCUGUCCCACUUUUUCAAGUGUCGCUGCGCAUCGUGCCAAUCUCGGGCCGUGGGUUUCAGUCCUGUCAAGCUGCUGGAGGAGCAGUACUUCUUUCGGCGGCUGAGUCUGAAAGACUGGGACUGGCAGCAGGAAGUGCACAUGCUGGUAGAGUACAUUAAUCAGGCGGAACGGCGCCACCUGCAGAGCGUGGUAACGGGUCCGGAGCUGUUGCUGGCCCAUACCAUGCGCAAGUUGCACGGUUACGCGCCGGACGAUGAUAUGUUCACCCUUACUGGGGAGCUAAGCAAGAAGAGCUGGGAAACCACUGCGCAGCAAAUGAUGCGAUUUUUCUGUGGUUGAGCAAACCGAGUGAUGCUUUUUAUCACCUCUUUUCAAAAGAGCCAACACUUCUGUUCUUUUUCACUACUGGCAGGUUAAUGAACUGGAGUUUGUGAACUCCUCUGUUGCACCUUUUUUCUAUGUGCAAGCAUUGCAUUAAUUUAUUUGAAUUUUUGACAGCAUUUUUACUGUUAGAUUGUUGAAAAAAUCGAAGAAACGCUUGGUAGAUUGUUAUAUUAUCGAAGCGCGGAACGAAUAACGAACACGCCCAGGAAAAAGGGGGGAAGCUACACUUUUGCUCUGAUACCAAAUGAAGCAUUCUCACCCCAGGUGUUAUUGAAUUGUUAACAUGCAGAGAAGAGACGCGAAUCUCGAACGGUUUGCAGUGGCUUCUUGAAAAGCAUAAUUAGCAAACGAAGUGUAAGAAUUUAUUUACUCUUGAAUAAAUAUUCCUUUUUGAACAAA